GGGGGAGGAGGUUACUAGCGAAGCAGGGGUAGGGGGUGGUGCGGAGCGGCAGGAGUAGCUGAAAAUGCUAUACCGUAUCACAUGAAGAGGGGUGGCUGAACAGAUGGGUAUAGGCGCCCUGGGGUCUAGGUAGCCUGCAGGGGGAGGCUGCAACACGCCUCUGAGCUGUUCGUGUGUGUUCAUUUAUGUGAGGUCGCAGGAGUGGUACUUGAUGGCAGCGGGGGUGAUGUGGGUGGACAGCAUUGGUGGGAUGCAUGCAGGGUUGGAGGUUGUGUGGACUCCUGAAGAGGUGCAAGUCUGGAGUGUUUGAAUUGCACAGCGCAACGCAGAGGUGUGAGGGGCUACGGUGAUUGCAGGAACGCGACAGUUAGCGCCGGAUAUGCUCGUCGCCUCGCGCUGAUUAGGCAUGUAUCCAAAGUGCGAAAGAGUUGCGUAAAAGUUGUACAUUGGAAAACGGUUAAAACAUGUUCAGCAGCGAUGUAGGCUUGCUUACGUAAGCUGAUGUGCCGCGGUUGCCGAUGUAGGCACACGCACGGAGCCUUCCAGAAAUGUGUACGUGCGGUAUGCCACUUUCACGCAUUUUCCCUGUAACAGCGUGUGCUAACUUUUUGCUAUUCGCUACCAACGCAACUUUACUGCAGUAACACGACAAUUCCUGGAUCUUAAGCGCUCCAGUCAUUUCCCCAACAUACCCGUUUAUAAUCCUUCAUACAGUAGAAUCCAGCUUCCGCGAAGGCCUUACCGCUCAUCCCACACACAUAUGUUGUUCUUCUUCAUCGGCGGCAUCGCUCCCCGCACCCGCACCCUGCGCACCCUGCUAGGCCAGCGCUGCCCCGCCUGCGCCGCCCCCUCCACCCUGCGAGAGCGCCGUACGGAUCAGGUGCUCAGCGUCUUCUUCAUCCCGCUGUGGACGCUGCGUCAAGGCAUCCCCUUCCUCAGCUGCGACAACUGCGGUUGGACCUCGGGACCCUCGGCAAGCCUGCUAGAAGAGCGGGAGCAGCAGCAGCAGCAGCCUCUGCCCCCUCCGCCGCCUCCUCCACCCAGCCUACCACCCUUCCGACAGCCGCCGCCGCAGCAGCAGCCGCAUGCAGGCUCACCCCCACCGCAGCCACCACACGGACUGAUGUGUCCAACUUGCAUGCGGCCCGUGCAGCCUGACUUUGCCUUCUGUCCCUCUUGCGGCCGCGCCCUCUAAAGAGGUGUUGGGUUAGUGUCAGGUGCUGCUCCGAUAACGGUGCAGUGCGGGCUGAAUGUGGUUAGGGUGGUGUGAUGUGAUGUGGUGGACUGCAAGGGGGGAGGGUGGCCCCCGUCUGCUGCUUUGUCGUUGCAUUUGCCAAUACGCCAAAAUGCCAACAGUACGGUUGCUUCUUCACUGCUGUAGUCGUUGCGUUUGCUUGUAGUCACUGCUGCAUCAUUCAGCGCUCCAUGAUACCGUUUUACCUUACAUGUUGAAGCCAUAAAGCCGUCGGUGCAGGUGGGCUGCAGAUGGGGCCUUUUUGUUGAUGUGGAAGACCCAUGGGUCGCUGGGAUGCUGCUGUUUCAUGUUCGGAGGUUGGUUUGGCCCUUCUGGGGCGACGACGAGGCUAGAAACUCACUCAUCACCCAGGAUAGAAGCAUAUUGUACUUUACUUGGUACAAAAGGAUUCGUGUGGCCGUCCGCUUUCACCAUCCGCCUCAUCGCCUUGUGGGUGAGGCAACUUGGGGGUUCACUUGCAAUCCAGCAACUCGCAUUACCAGGUCACAGCCUCCCCUAAGUGUGCAGGGCACAGCCAGGUCCUGGGCACACCGCUUGGACUAGUGUACAUGUAACUGCGAGGAAUGCUCCUCCUCCCCUGCCUGCCUUCCUGCUUUCGCACAGUCG